UAUUCUAUCACCCGCUAAUGUAACGUCUAAGCUAAUCGGCAUUGCUUGAUCGCAGCCAGGCAAGAUAUGCCGGCAUUGGGCUCGGCAGGAUGGCGUAGGACCCGAAUCGAACCAGGACUUUUCGCGGUCAAUGGGGUGAUCACCGCGGAUGAGCUGGCUAGUUGGUACAACAAUACAUCGUUAGAAUGAGAUAUUCCUUUGCAGCAUCUAGGCAUUUCGUCUGGUCUGUGAACCUUUGGGAGAAAAUGGGGGGAUCUGGAGGGGGAGGGGUGAUUUAGCUUGGUUUGGUAUGGCCUGUUCGCCCAUUGCAACGAACUUCUAUAUCGAUUUUCAUCCUAUCCUACGAACCAGGCAAAUGCCCUCUCAAUAUUGGCAUUUGACACGACACCAAGAUGCACCCUAUUAACAAUGGCACGGCGGACGCUGUCUUCUUGGAUAUCUCCAAGGUCCAGGGGUAUAACGAGCGUACUUUUGCCCUCGUCGUCGUUGGAAUUCUCUCUCUUUAUUUGACCAGCGUGAUCAAAUCGAGCUUUUCAGGUGUGAAAGCUCCAAUCGUGGGAUAUAGGUCAUGGCUCGAACCAGGAUGGCUUGUUCGACUGAGGUUUAUUCGAGGCAGUCGGCCUAUUAUCCGCGAGGGGUAUUCUAAGUUCAAAAACUCCAUGUUCAAGAUCCGUCGAAACGAUGCAGACAUCCUCGUAAUUUCUCACCGAAACGUGAAUAACUUACGCAACAUGUCGGAAGAGAAACUUAGCCCAAUUCAAGCUCAUAUCAAGAAUCUCCUCGGCUAUCACUCAACGACCGACAUACUGCUUAAAACGAACAUCCACACUCGAACGCUUCAGUCAAAACUAACGCCCAACCUGGCGUCCACCGUAGCUCGCGUGAAGGAGGAGCUUGAUCACGCACUGGAGGUCGAGUUUGCCGAGUGUCAGAACGAAUGGACAUCUGUUUCUAUAAAUGAUCUCAUCCUGCGCGUCGUCGCACGCAUAUCCGCCCGCAUCUUUCUUGGUAAGGACGGAUGCCGCAAUGAGGAGUGGCUAUCAACAAGCAUUCACUACACAGAAAAUGUUUUCAUGACAGUCAUGACACUGCGAAUGCUGCCUGCCUUUUUGCACGGCCCUGUUUCGCGUUGCCUACCCUCAUGGUGGCGCCUGCGCUCCAAUCUCGCGACCGCAAAGCGCCUCAUCAGCCCCAUCAUACGCGAACGCAGAGAAGCGCAAGCAAGAGAGGGCAAUGCGUAUAAAAAGCCUGAAGAUCUCCUUCAGUGGAUGAUGGACUCCGCACAGAACGAUUUCGAGAGCAAUCCGGACUCGCUGGCCCAUAUCCAGUUGCUUCUAAGCCUUGCUUCUAUUCACACGACGACGAUGGCGAUAGCGCAUGCAAUAUAUGACAUAUGCGCCCAUCCCGAAUAUUUUGAACCACUACGGGCCGAAUUGGAAUCGGUCACGCGGGAAGACCAGGGAUGGGGGAAAACAACGCUCAGUAAGCUGAAGAAGCUCGACAGCUUUGUCAAAGAAUCUCAACGGAUGAACCCGCCAAGCCAGUUGGCAUUCAAUCGGAUCGUCAAAGAGCCUCUGGAACUCUCAGACGGCACCAAGCUCCCUGUGGGGACACACUUCAGCAUUGCCUCAGACGCAGUCCUUCAUGAUUCCGAGUACCUGCCGGGUGGUGGCGACCCCGAAAAGUUCGACGGGUUCCGAUACGCGCGGCUUCGUGAGAGUGCAGAGAAUGCCAACAAAUAUCAAUUCGCGAUGACGGAAGAUAGCAGCUUACAUUUCGGCCACGGCAAGUUUGCCUGUCCCGGGCGCUUCUUCGCUAGUAAUGAGAUCAAGAUGAUCCUCGGGCAUCUGUUGCUGCGCUACGACUUCCAGUAUCCGGGGGGGCAGGGACGACCACAGAACCUCAACGCUGACGAGAAUCUGUACCCUGAUCCGUCCGCGCGCGUGUUGGUUCAGAGACGCAGGGCGGAGGAUGAGAUUGGAGUGUAAAAGUGUGGUAAUGUGUACGAAAUGUGAGAGGGAGCAAGGGUUCUUGGAGCACGGGCGCCGCCUUUAGUGGAUGCCACACUGGGGCCGUUUCUACUUAAGCGUAUUAUUAGAGCACCAGCUAGACUCUUCCUUACCUCUUAUGAAAGAUAUAAGCUCACUAGCGACAUUUGUUUGUAAAUGAAAUUGGUUAAAUAAACGGUUACUAUAUCAAUGUUGACCUCAGAGUUUCUUCUGGAUUUAACGUUUCAUGUUUGUCUCUCGGGUUUAUUAUUAGGCUUAUCUCAGAUUCUCAUGGAGAACUCAGGGGCUU